CUGUGAUGUGGUGAGUGAGUGUAAACUGUGAUGUGGUGAAGUGAACUUAUAUAUAAUAGUGUAAGCUGCGUGUUGGAGGUGGUACUCAGAAGUGUCCUACAACUUGGAGUGUCAGCUGAGUGUUGAGAAGGUCCGGUAACGAGGAGGAGGAAGCAACACACAAACAGUCACUACAGGGAAACUUUUUAAAAAUUUCUCCUCUCAAGUACGACGGACAAAAGUUUAACUGGGGGUCUUGGAGAAAGUUUUGGUAGUGUGUUGCAUGUGUGGAUGUUGUGUUGCCUUCCACCUCUUGUUGCCGAGGUGUUGAGGGCAGCACCAGGUAGCAGCACAAUCGCUCCUCAGGAAAGUAUCUGAAGGAGGAAAAAGAAUCCUUCAGGAAGUGGUGGUCAGAGUAGCCCCGACGAGAUCCCGGUCUCUACCCCAGAGAUGGAGACCUUCCCUGACCAGCGGCCCUCGUCAGCUUCACAGACCACCGGAGCGGAGGAGGCAGAGCCAUUGAUCCCCGACGACUCUCAAGGUCAAGGUAAUUUUUCUGCCAGUGACGACCACCACGACGACGACGCUGCAGGAAGAGUCGUCGCCAGCAACCCGAGGUUCGUCAGGUCCUUCAAUAGGCGGAUACGAACCCGCGAGCCGAAAGGGUUGAGGUACAAGACAUUCUCAGGUGCCAUUGACUUUAGACAGCCAGAAUUUAGAGAGAGAGAAGAGGAAGACAGCAACAGCCAAGAACGAAGGAGGAGCGAGUCACAAGCAACAGUCGACAACACAGAGAACCUUACACACGGCGGCAGGGUGAGGACUGUGUGUGUUGUAGACGGGAACGACAAUGACUGUGAGGUCCUCUGCUCCCCGGGGUCCGACGAGGUCUUCUGGGACCCCGACACCUCCCUGGAUACCCGCCUACUGGAGUCAACGUCGAUCUUUUAUGAUACUUCCUCCUGUGUCCAGAAACCAACUCUGAGUCUCGUUACUGAGGCAGAACAACACAAGGACGGGGAGAAGGACUCCACGUCGAUGGUACCCGGAGAUGACUGUGUCGACGCUGACUAUUCGAAGCCGAAAGACCAUGGUGGAGGAUUGUCAUUCUUCUCUCGCCUGAGUAAGAGCGUCUCCCUCAAGAGAAAAUACGGCAAGUCCUACGGCAAACCAUACACGGUCCCUAUCAGUGAUGAGAAACAUGAGAGAGAUACACCAGUAGCUAAGGAGAACCUGGAGAGUAUCCUGGAGAACUCUCAGGAGAAGAACAAAGAGAACUCCCCCAAGAACCAGCAGUCUCGGUUCUUCUUCCCAGCGUCGGAUUGGUUGACGGGCGACACAGUGCUCCAACACAUGUCUCUUGAACCUCCAGGUGACAGUGGGUCUGGUGAGGCCCUCAGUCCAGGGGCUCAGCGGGAUGUUGACACUUCUCCCACCAGGACGGAGGAAACUGCAGAAGAUGUAACAAAACUGGAGCAGUUUGUCAGUCUCUCUCGGAACGAAAAAGCGACCUCCUCUCUGGUGUGUAUAAACUCCCCCCCGCCUCCCAGAACGAAGAAACCCACACCUGUUCCUCUCACUAUCCAGAACAAGUUACCUGAAGGGGACCAGGAGUUAGGUAGUGCUAGUGAUCCUCCAGGUGUCGAGUCCUCAGGUGAGAGACGUGAGUCAGCUGGCUUGUCAAUAACUCAUCAGAUUUUUAGUCCAGUACGAUCUAAAGGUGUAAGUAAUACCUUCUACAAUCUUUGGCCGACGGUCUUUCCCAGCCCAGCCAGUGAUGCAAAGCCUCUGGCUGAUCAAACUGUCAGUAGGAAAUCCAGUUCAGAAAUAAACAGUCAGAGUGACACCAGUCAACAGUCAAGCCCCCGGUCGGUGUCGUCAGCGAAGCCACAAGAGGACAAGUUUCCUGGAGGUGUUGGGAAGACAUGUGAAAAUGUUUGUCUCAUUCAGCAGUCAAAAGUCGCCAGCCAUCAGCGGCCACAACCCCUCGACCACAGCACGUUAUCACAGCAGACUGUCAGCAGCAGGACACCAAGCAAGGUCGGCCAGGUAGAAGGAAACACACCGAAGAAGAGUAAGUUUCGCCCAUCUUUCGUCUUCAACACCGAGAACACCUCAAAGAAAGGCGAGGCUGAGAGAGCAUCCAUGAAGGAGAAGACACAGAAGAAGGAGAAGAUAACUGGCGAGAGGAAGGCGACUGAGGCCAAGGCUUGUUUAGUCUCCAACAGGCUCAGGAGAGUUGGAGCAAUCAAGAUGUGUGAAGAUUUCCAGCACCUUCUGCCCGACGACAGUCACGUCUCGCUCACGAGUGUGUUCACCAUCACUGACCACAACAUGGCCACCCCGCCAGACCAGCAGGACAAGAGGCCUGGUCUGGACCCCAAUUCCGGUAUUAAAAAAGACUCGCACAACAAGAGGGCAGGUGUAGACUCCACCGCAAGUAUACGGAAUCUGUCCUCUACUGGAGCCAUACCAAAGACGAGCAACUUAAACAAGACUCUUCAGGUGACGCUUAAAGACGUGACCAAACUCAAGGGUUCCAGUGAGGUCAAAGUCUCAGAACUAGAAAACAAUAAUACUGAACAAGAACGUCAGGAGCCGCCAGAAACAAAGAAGGGUCAAGGAAAACACUCCAGGAAGCGCGGGAAGCGAUCAAUGGAAAGAUCUAUAUCUGUGCCUUUCUGGACCAAGUUCUGCUCUCAGGACAGCAGUGGUCCAGGUACUGACAGUGUUGCUAGUUCAGAUAAGAAACUCACAAACGGCGAGAAAGUGACGACUGAAGACUCAAAAGACGAGGCUGGAAAGAUUAAGUCAUCGCCCGUCAGAGGUGAUCGUCAGCAGACCAAGUCAUCACACAAGAGAGCCAGAUCACAGGACCUGACUAAGACCUUCAAGGACGAGCUGUUCUCGUUAGCGGCUCCCGAGAGGUCCUCUUCUUACGGCAACAUAUCCAGGCUGAAGCAAGAGGUGUCAUCCACGCUGGCUCCUGUCCACUUCCUCCCACUAGAGUCUCCGUCAGUGAGCAACACAGAGGACUCGGGAGUGUGGCAGAGGCACUUGAGCUGCAGCGACAUUAUUGAAAUUGGGAAAGAAGCGCUCGAGUCUCCAAGGCUGACUCGAGCCUUUCGUGACUCCAAGAUGAUGAGCACCUCGGCCUUCUGCCUCACGAGCCACGCAGCCAAGAAGUCCUCUUCCACCAAAGGCUCCUCGCCACCUGCCCUUAUUGGCGAGGAUACAUCUCAUUCAGAAGGUUCCUUGCCCCCCUCGCCUUCAGGGCUCUCCACCAGGAAGUUGGGGUCGUCACAGCUACAGUACACGUCACCCUACGACCUGGUCACACAGGCCAGGGACAAACCUUACUACCAGCGCCUAAUUAACGUCUUCCACAUACAAGCUACGGACAGCAAGAUGGACUCGUUGGUGCAGCAGCUGGACCUCUACAGUAAACAGGGCAUACCUCGACAACCUCACCUCCUGGCCUCACAGUCACCUGGUAAUGACGAUGAGGUGGUGGUGGAGGACAGCUGGAGGACGUUGGUAGAGGGCCACGAACAGCUGGAUGAACGACAGGAGCAACAGCAGAGUGCUAUCUGGGAGCUGGUGGAGACGGAGGCCACUUACAUCCACAUGCUCAAAGUAAUAACUGAUCUGUUCUUGGCGUGUCUGUGCAACCUCCAGAAUGAGUCGCUCCUAUACGAGGUGGAUACAGACAAACUCUUCAGUAACAUCCAAGAGAUCUACUGCGCCAACCUCACCUUCUGGAGGGAACACGUCGUCAGGAUGUUGGAGGCUUCUAGGUCCUCUCGCCAGCCCCUAGACCCCACCCUGCUGACAGAUGCCUUCUAUAAAUUCGACGAGUUGUUCCACCCGUACACUCGCUACUGUCUGGAACAAAGCAACUGUCAACUGUACUGCAAAGAAAAAGAUCACGACAACGAACACUUCAAAAUGUACCUGGCUUGGUGUGAGACGCAGAAGGAGUGUAACAGACUGCGAUUGGUGGACAUCCUCGUUCAGCCAAUGCAACGCCUUACCAAGUACUCACUGCUACUCAAAGCCAUCCUCAAGAAGACUAACCUGGAGGACCACAAGUUGUGCCUUCACAAUAUGAUCACCCACGUGGAGAACUUCGUGUCCAACGUGAACUCCGCCUUGAGACACAAACACGAACAGGAGAGACUCAGGGACAUUGCCAGAAGGAUCGAGGCUUAUGAGGCUGUGGAGACCCGGGAUGAUGAGCUGGAGCGUAUAGUGAGGAACUACUCAGACCUCAACCUGACCCAGCCUAUGCCUGGGUGUCCAGAGCACAUGCCCAGACACCUCCUGCACCAUGGUGACCUCCGAUUCAGGGACUCCCACACCUCCAAGAUGGAUGUCCAUGUGUUCCUCUUCACUGACCUCCUCCUCAUCACCAAGGUCACCCAGAGGAAAGCUGAGAAAGUCAAGAUUGUGCGUCCACCAUACCACGUAGAGCGGCUGGUGUUGGUCGACCUGAAGGACAGCACAUCUAUCGGUCUCGUCGUCAUCAAUGAGUGGAAUGUUGCUGUGGCUGCCUUCACCCUACAGUGUCCGGACUCACGUACACACAGAACGUGGCAUGACACACUCAAAAGAGCAAAAGAGCAAUACAAGGAGGCGCAGCAAGCACAGGAUGUGAUGGUAUAUGAUGAGAUGACAUGUGUGGGUCACCUAGUACCUCGUUCACCUCGCCCUGGCUCAUCCAGAGCUUCACGGGUCUCCAGUCUUGUACAUUCUCACUCUGGUUCUAUAGAUCUAAAUGAAUCCUCUCCAGCUACUCAACAUCACCCUAGUAUUGACAUGAGUGAUGUGAGAGCAUCUAGUGCCUCCAGCGAUGAUUCUGUUGCCCAGCCUGCUGCAGAGAUCCAAAGGUCGCGAUCGCUGGAAGGUGGCGGUUGCGGUGCUAUAUCCCCUCGUCCUGACCGCCGCCCUGGCUACCCCAAGACUCCCAAUACCUUAAGUGUCAUACCACCCUAUUCUACUGGACAGUCUCUUCCAAACCUCACUGUCGAGUCGGCCAAUUCCCUUCGUGUGCCUGGCACCAAUGGUAGCAACCCAAAAGCUCUGUCCCCCUGCACUAGAGGAGUGUCCUACCCACCGCCCUCACCACGCACACUUCGUCGGUCAGCCCCAGUGCCACAGUCUCGCAACCCACCGUUAACCAAGGCCCGCCACGUAACCUCCAUGAUUGGGUCUCCACAGGAUGUGGACCAAGGCGAACAGGACGAUGCAACGAGAGGCCAGCGUCGUACAUAUCGCAUCGACAGGAUGGAUAACCGCCGCUACCAUACUGCCGGGGCCAUCGAUGAUAUCAAGAAACAAGAUGCUAAGGAUGCCACUAUCCAUAAGCGUCUGUCCUGGAACUAUGGGCAGGGGCCUCCACCAACCCGGGACCUUGGGAAUGAUCAAGGGAAAUUAGGUUGUCAUAAACACGCUGUCAAGAACGUCUCGUGCGAGUCUGUACACAGCUCCUCGGGGGUUUCCUCGACCUCGUCUCUUCAUCGUUCUAUGGGAUCUGAAGUAGAGGCACUGGAGAAUAUUGAUGAUAAUGAACUCGAAGAUGCGGAGGCCACCGUGGUAGACCUAACAGUGAGUGAUUGUACCAGCCUAAAAAUAUCUCCACACAUCUCUACAACGUAUAUCUGCCACGACUCUGACAUCACUCUUGGUGUAUGCUCACAGUAUAUUACUCAACCAAAUAGUUCUCUUGAGCCAAGUGAAGGUUGUGAGAAUUUGGUGAAGAUCGACGUGUCAGAGACGGACCCCGGAAUCUCCUCGGUGCAAAUCACAGUCACGGAAGGCGCCGCCUCUUCUUCCUCUUCGAAUUUGUCCUCCACCAAGUCUCCAGAAAGUGCCCCUGCGAAGCCUGAUAAUACCAGGAUGAAAGAGAUCCUCCUGAAUGAUGCUUCAGUUGAGGCCUCGGAUGUAUGAGAGAGGCCGUGGACGUCCCCCGAGGAGGGACCAAGACUCUUUUCUCAGCCACCACGACACUUUGAUGUCACCUCAUGGCACCUGAUGUCGCCUUAAUCAUGUGAUGUCAACCGAGGUCAUGCAGAAGAGGACAGAAAGAGAAUGCUAGUGAUUUUAUAGCACAGUAUUAACUUAUGGUGAUAAACACUACUGGUUAAAGGCAACACUUUAACCAACACUUACAAUACUGUAUAGUGAAUGUUACUGUCACUGAAGUGAUUUUUUGUUUUACUUCAGUUUUGAACAACGAAUCUGUGUAUAGGUUCUGGUGAUGAGGUCAAGAAGGAUUUUGGACUGUAAGUGAGAAUCAACUGUCAGAUCUCAUAGCAUCAGAACCCUAGUGAGAGCUGUUGAUCUCUGUUGACUUGAAUUUGUUUGUGCCCCGAUCUUCGCCUUCCAAAGUUAUUAUGGUCUAUACAUGGAGUGCAUUGUGAAGUGGAGUCUUGUGACUUAAUCCUGUGUGCAACCCUGAUAGAUUUUGUACUGUACAUUCCAUCCCCUGGCAGGAAGUGUUUAAUUUAUUUGGUAAUCAUUCCAUGUAUCGCAGUACCUUUGUAUCCACCUUUUUGUGUGGAUUUUGUAAGAUAUUAGUUGGUACUGUUGAGUGGACAAUGAUAUAUAAAGAUUUAUAUAUAAAUAUAUAUAUGUAUAUAUACAUGUACAGUAUACACUUAUGUAUAUGUAUAUAUAUAUAUAUAUUAUAUGUAUUGACAUUAAACCUUUUUUGUGAAUUUGAAAUAUUUUUAUAUCAUUCACAGUCUUCAAAGCUACAACCUAGUCCUAGAUGCUCUAGUUCUUGUUAAUAGAUAGUUAAUGGAAACAAUGUUGACAUAUUUUCCAGGUCUUUCUAGAAAAUAGUGUACAGUCUAUUUUAUAUUAUGUCCCUAUAUCUUAAAUAUUACAAUUAGAUCCACAUAGUUCCUUCAUGUAUUUGUAACCGAUUAUGAAACACUUGUCAUAUUAAUAGUGAUGUUGGUUUAUACUCAAGUUUACAGUGUGAGUGUCUUACCCCCACACACAACACGUGCGGUAUAUACGAUGACGGGCAUCGUGUAUUAUCUACCUUGUUAAUGUUCAUAACUUACAUGAAAAAUAAAAGUUGCAGCAUAAUACUUGGCCAGGUAUUCCCCUGUAUAAUAAUAGUGAGUCUAGCUCUGGACUGUAAGCAUCUCCACAUCAAGAACCAGCAAUAACACAAGUACUUGGGCAGAAAAUAAUACAGCCCGUGGUUUUCAAUAUGAGACACGAGUUAUACAAAGUUUACGUAGGAACUUUUUUCUCUUUGUAACGAGUAAAACUACAGUGUUACAGUGAGUGAUCUUGUAGCUCAUUACAGUUAAUGCUGUUUCAUGGAGGUUGUUUAACAUUUUUGUAAGAGUUGUAUACAGUGUAUUAGUUACUACUAUAAAAAAUUUAGUUCUGAUCAAGUUUAAGUAGUUUUCUCCUAAUAUCACAACAUAGCCACUUGUGUAGUAUAUUAUUGAUCAUGUUGCGUCGUCAUAUCACUACAAGCCUUUCCAAAGAAUAUAUAUAUAUAUAUAUAUAUA